AUGGCCAAGAUCUCUGUGGGCAACAAGUACCGCAUGUCGCUCGCUCUCCCAGCGGGUGCGGUCGUGAACUGUGCUGACAACUCGGGUGCUAAGAACCUGUACGUGAUUGCUGUGUUUGGCGCAGGUGCCCGUCUGAACCGCCUCCCAGCUGCUUCGGCUGGUGACAUGGUUGUGGCUUCGGUCAAAAAGGGUAAGCCCGAGCUCCGUAAGAAGGUCAUGCCUGCUGUCAUUGUGCGUCAGCGCAAGCCGUGGCGCCGUCACGACGGUGUCUUCCUCUACUUCGAGGACAACGCUGGUGUUAUCGUCAACCCUAAGGGUGAAAUGAAGGGCAGUGCUAUUACAGGUCCCGUGGCCAAGGAGUGUGCUGAUCUUUGGCCCCGUAUCGCCUCCAACGCUGGCACGGUCGUCUAA